CAUUCUUUGUUCCAUAUCGAAUAAUCGAUUUACGAUUGGAACAGUUAUUCGAUAUGGAAGAAAGAAUGAUAUUUUAAUUAUUUUAAUUAUCUUAUUUUAAAUACAUUGUGAUUUGACGUAAUAGCCAAAUAAUUUAAUUUUAAUAAACUUAGAAACUUUUAGUUUCGUAGAGAAAAAUGCCGAUAUUUUAAUCCGGACAGUCACAUGAAAAAAUUGUUACAACAAGAAACCAGAGUCCGGGUAAAAUUAAUUGUUCCGGCUGUACUGUAGUUACGGGCAGGAAGCCGGCUCGAGGAGUCGAGAAUAGCAUAAUCGAUUAUUACGAGGUAGGCGGCUGAAAGUGAACUAUGAACAUCGCGCGUGUGUGCUGUCUCGGAUAAAACAUCGCCCAGUUUUUACCCAGCUUUAUCGAUCAUAACAACUUUUGUGUCGGUUGAACUGAACAAAAAUCUAUAUUCAGAAGCUGCAACGACAUUGUCCUGUCGCGAAAGUCUUUUAAAUCUGAAUGAGUGACGUCAUCUUAUCCAAACAUCUGACGUCAUCCUGCGUACGCCUCGCGAAAAACUCAGUCGGAAGGUUCGACUCGGAUCGUUGCCAUGGAGACAGGCGCUGAAAACCAACUCAGGCUGUCAACGACAAGACAAUGAUGAAAUCAGUUGGUGCGUAGUUCAUGUUGGCUUCUUUCCAUCGAAGCAGUUGGAACAUUUGAAUUCAAACCUCAGCAAAGGGCACUUUAACGAGCAUGAGAUUACUGGAAACGCCUGUUCAUUUCAUUUUAGCGACUUUGUUGAUCAUUAGCAGAAAUGGCAACUCGGCGGUACUCGGCCCAGUUCCGGUGGAGUACCGAAGCAUGGCGGACUGCUUGACAACAGUCAGCGGUCGAUACUUUCCUGCCGGUCACACUCUAGUGUUCUCCUGGAACAGCCACGCUGAAGAAAAAGAAGACCUCCACGGCGCUGGAACCUGGGAGGUUGUUGAGACCAGCCUCCUGGCGAGACUUCAUCUCUCCGGCCGAUGGCCGAUCCUUGCGUCCCGUACAACAGACGGCAGGGACAGACGCCACCCUCUUGACUGGGGCGACAAACACGGCAGCUACGUGAUGGCUGUCUUGUUCCAGAACAAUGACGAAGAGAGAGCCUUGCGUCAUGCGAGGAAUCAGAUUGAGGAACUCGCGUGUCUCCCGUCUUGGAAUCCCAGAGCCCGGUUUGUGAUCGUGAUGACGGGACAAGACAUCCGGAACAGUCAGCGAGGACUUAUUAAGGUCAUACUGAAGGAAUUAUCGGACAAACAAGUACUUAAUGCAAUAGUUUUACUUAGACCGUCUAAACCCUUCUCUGACCUCCACGUACUCACGUGGUUUCCAUUUACCCCGCCUUCAGGCCGCUGUGGAUCUCUGAAACGUGUUAUUACAGUAGACGCUUGGAUGUCUGAUAGUCGCGAGUUCUCUCUGAACAAAGAUCUCUUCUCGAGGAGCGUUCCCAAGAAUUUGGGAUCGUGUCCCGUCAAAGUCUCUACCUCGCAUUUCCCGCCUUUCGUUAUAUAUCCGGACAAAAGCGAUGCAACUAUUUCAUCUGUGGGCGGAGUCGAAAUUGACAUGUUGCGGCACAUUUCUGAGGCAAUGAACUUCUCCGUCGUGCUUCCGCCCAGGGCAGACGCCACAGACAGCAAGCUAGAGAACGGGACGUGGACUGGUCCGAUCGGCGACUUGUUGUACCGUAGAAGUGACUUGGCUCUCGGUGCUUGGUGCUUCACUCUGGAGGACAGUCUGAAAGUCGAUGGCACAAACAGCUACUUCGCCGAGGAGUUCACGUGGUUUAUACCCCGUGCAGAAAUGUACCCGCGAUUCUUGAGUAUCUCCAGAGUUUUUGCCCCAGACGUCUGGCUACUCGUCUUCGUGGCCAUGCUGUUUGCCGGAGUACUAUUUCACGUCGCUGCUCUCACCCAGACUGCGAGGGAGUCUGACGGCUACAAACACUUUACCAAAUGCCUGUUUAACGCGUGGUCUGUGGUCCUAGGCGUGGGUGUACAUGAAAUGCCCCGGUCCGACGUCCUCCGUGGGAUCUUCUGCGUCUGGCUGACGUACGCCCUGGCUAUAAACACUGUGUUCCAAACUUACGUCACUUCCUACCUCGUGGACCCUGGCCAUCGACAUCAAAUCGACUCUGUUGAAGAAGUAAUAGAAUCCGGCUCGGAAGUUUUCGUGGCCGACUUCUUACAGGAUUUCUUAAGCGAUGACUUACUGAACCAACUCAGAUCAUGGCGCAACUGUGGAAGCGCGAAGCAGUGUCUGGCGGCAGCCUCAAGGUCUCCUGGUGUGGUUGUGUUAUCGGGGAAAGUGUUCGCCGAAUACGACGCAGGGGAGCGAAGUGACGCAUUUGACUACCACGAGUCCAGUCGCGAUUUCCUCCACUCCCACAUUGUAAUGGUCCUUAAAAAGGGUAGCCCCUUCCUGGAUCAGAUAAAUGACGUCAUCAGGCGCUUGGUGGAGGGCGGGUUCCCGGCCAAAUUCUACAAGGACAUCGUCUCAAAGACGAAGUUGAAGUUAUUACCAGAAUAUUCCGACGAAUACGUCCCGAUGUCCGUGCCUCAUUUGCAAUCGGCAUUCGUCGCCAUGUUUGUGGGGACGUCUUUAAGUCUGGUGCUCUUAGCCUGCGAGCUGUUGUUAAAACGGACGCAAGCACGUGAGCAGACUUAAGCUUAAACUUAAUAACCUUCGAUUAAACUGUUUCAGGUGUGUAAGUAGGGUCCGAAUUAGUGAAGGAACUUUUAUUCGUGUCAGAUAUUUCACAUGGCUUAACUUUUCUCAAGACCUCUUCUACAACUAGCUUAAUGUCAAAAUAUAUACACAUCUUGGAAAGCGUUAAAAUCUGUCCUGGAUUCCACCAUCUUGUCAGCAAAAAAGAACAAAAAUUGCGUAAUUAACUAAGUAACUGACUCAUCGUGAAACGUUAAUAAUCGCUAAGUUUUUCCUUUUUCCGAAAUCUCCCCUUUUUUAUAUAAGACCUGAAGGUUCGCUCUUGUAUUCGCCCCUGGACAUGUCCUGAGGUAGGAAAAUAUAGUCGACAUCUUCGAGUACGGAUUUUCUUCCAGACGUCAAUCCAUCGCAAGCGGAAUCACUAAUGAAAUCGCAAAAUACGUCUUUGGUCCCAAACAAUUUUAAAAACGCAGGCCUUAGUUAAAUUGUGAAGAGUACAGGCAUAAGAAUAAUAAGAAGUCAGAUAUUGAGAGCAAAUGCUACGAGCCGUGUCUGCAUGAGGGGCAUGCAGUGCAAGGUGGAAUUUGGGGUAGGUACCAGAGGAAAACUCCGAUCGCCGUGGCCGGUAGCUGGCGUCUAUCUGGCAUUUAAAAGACGCUGACACCAACGCUAGUUCAUACAUUUAUAUGGACGGAGGGCUGAUUAAGAUCAGGGAAACCUUGGGUGAAAGUAAUCGGGGUUGGGAACGGGAUUCGAACCGGACACCUCCCUAGUAAUGGUAAGAAACGUCAUAACCCGAUCGGCCACAAGUUCAGGGGUGUAAAAUACGAAAUCAAUUUGCCAAAAAUGAUUCCUUCUUGUAACUUUGCAAAUCAGCUUCUUUAUAUAUUUUUAUUCGCUUAUACAGGGUGGUCUCAAUGGACUCACGUCAAAAGUACCGUUUCACAUAUUAAGCACGUGUCAGACCUCAUGUGACAGUCGCCAUAAGCAACUGCGGUCGCUAGCUGGCGUAAUAAGCAGCAGCAACUUUUUCAAACCAACAGCUUAGGUUCCUUCCAUACGCAAUCAGUUCCUCGUUAUAGUCAUCAAGUCGUCUGAUGGACUGGGCAGCUGACGUCAGUUCGUCGCGGACUUUUUCGUCAUCUUCCGGGAUGUCCUGCCCGGCUGCAACAAUAAUGGUACUCCACAGAGCACAUUCCGUCUAGAAACGCUUAUAGUAGCUCAUCCGGUCAAGGAAUAUCUUAACCGUCACGGGACUUAAAGGCCCAUUACGAAAUUACCACAGUAACCUCAAUAUCAUACAGGGUGUCCUAAAAAUACGUAUACACAGCUACAACUUUGGUGGGCGCCUGUCAACUGCGCCACGAUGACAACGGUGGUCAUUCCCUAAUUUACUGACUACCAAUGUAAUGGUUUACUUUGCUAAAAUGUAUUUAUUACAUUCAUUGAAUUUGUUUAUACAUCUUUCUGGGACACCCUGUAUUUAUCUAAGAACCGAUUUAAUAUUAAACUGUUUUCACCAAAUGGUAAAUUCGCCUUAGAGUCUUUAGCCAGCUUUUUGUGUGCAUUUCUAAACUCACGCAUGCGUGUUGCGUGCCUUACCUAUCCCACCCUCCUUCAUAUCAUGGCCCUAAUAAUAUUUGGGGAUGAGAAAAUGUAACACCCGCCCCACUUCGUCUAAUUUUCGAAUAGUCUCGAAUGAAAUGCCCCCAAGCACUCCACCUAAAAGUUUUACAAAACUGGUUCAACAUCUUCAUCACGUGGUCAACACCGAAUAAACAGCCUUGUUGCACUGAA